UUACACAAUUUUUCAAAACCAGUAUAAUCCUAACCGGAAGUGAAAUUCUCGUAUCCGGCGAACUUUUAUUAAUCCUGAGAACCGUUCGCAUCGAGUGUCAUUGAAAAUUCUGGAAAGAAUCGUAAUUUUACUCCCACAUCAAACGGCUUCGCUCAUGCGACGGGCGAAGUCUCUAGAAAGGCGAGGCAUUUUCUCAGUAUUUGUAAGUAUUUCAAAAGUGUGAACGCGUGAAAUGCAACAAUCGUUAUCAUUUUUGUCGUGGGUGGUUGAUAUAUAGUGAUCAAUCGCGUUUUAAGGAAGUUAGUGAGGUUCAAUCUCGAUGCAGCUUUAAGAGAGCAUUAAAGGGAAUAUCUCCGAAGCUUCACGAACGGUUUAGAGCUGCUGGAAACGGCAUUUUUUCGUACUCAACGCACCAUAACCUCCAAAUCUAACGGACUCGUAUGUAGUAUUUCGGGUAUUUUAGUCGAUUUAUUGUUUAUUUAAUGGUUAUACACCCGCAGCGACGGGACUCGAGUUGACUUGAAUCGAUUCUGCACGAGAUGCGAGCCAAAAAUUUCCUCAACGAUUUUGGAGCCACUGUGAGACUUUAAAAAUAAUUGAUUGUUCCAAGUGCAGAAAAACAAGGAGCAAAAAUGUAACAAUCAACAGACUUUGUUUUUUGUGAAUUUCCAAGAGUAGUGUGUCUCUCAAGUGUUUUGGCAGAGUGUUUGUGGCAAAAAGAGGAUAUAAAGUGUGAGUGUACAUUACAAAUUUUAAAAAGGAGUGUUAUCGCAGGUUUUGGAAACAGGUGUUAGAUUGUUUCGUUUGAGAUGAGCUGUUGAGUGAAAAGCUUUUGUUUUCUCUUUUGGAGAACGGCCUCUAACCUGGGGAUGAACAGUCUCGAGGGGUCGUCAGUCUAGUCAUCACAGUGGAGUUCUGCUUAAUCGCAGCCUCGGGAGGGGGUGGUCCAAUGUUGGUCCCUCCCGUGGCCCAAGGAGGGACAGGAGGUCGUCCCGUAGGUGACAUGGGGACAUCGAGGGGACAGCAGUCGUCGGCAGGAGCUACGACUUUGUGGCCCCUUGCACCUGCACAGUCCAAUCAAGCACCCGGACAGCAGUCUCAGGCAACUCCACCCCUAGCUGCCAGCCCUGCUCCUGCUCAUAAUCAAAGUGUGAACCGUUACGGACUGUAUUCGUUAUUCCCCGGGGGUGGCGGGGGCAGUUACGUCGCUGCCACCCCGGCCACCCCUGGACCACCAACUCCAGCGACAGCUCGAGCUUAUCACGCAACGACUCACAAGGUUUCAGAGAGCGUGUUCUCCGCUGCAGUGGGUGUGGGUGUGGGUGGAUACACCUGGGGGGCUCCCACGCCGCCUCCAGGCUCACCCUACAGCCCCGUUCCUGUGACUCAGCUCGAGCUUCUUGCCAAGAAUUUGGCGAGUCUUGCGGCACCCCCUGGACAACAGGCCCUCAGUCUCCAAGGGGUUGGAGCCGUCAAUGUGGGAAGCCUUCAUCAUGCUCAGCACACCCAGCACACCCAACAUACUCUUAACCUCACUGGACUUCAUCAUCUUCAUCACGGAAACUUUCUUUUUUCCUUGUUUCUUACUGGAGAUCAAACUAAAUCCAUAAAACCAAGUGGACUUCACCAAAGUACAUUUUCACCCCAGUUGUCCUUGGUGACAGGAAGUGCACCAACUCUGACGAUCAACAGCUUCUCUUCUCCGAAUUCGAACGGAGUCCUUUUCCAAGAUUACCAGUCACCGACUGCUUCCAACUCAAUAUGUUCUCCGUCGUUAAAUUCACCGACGUGUCCAAACAGUUCGAAUAACAAUUACAGCAGCAUUAACACACUCGUGGUUCAGGGAACACAAACCAGCAACAAUGUUGUUCAGGCCACCACGAAAAAGCGAGAGGCCUUCCUGCCGACCCAAGGACAACCUGUAAAACUGGAGAACAAAAAUAAGCAACCCUGCGUCUGCAGAAAUAGUAACGGUAAAACAAAAAUUGUGCACUCAGAUGCAGGGUGUAGCAGGACAUUGCCUGUCGUCUCUUCGUGGAACCAGGAGGCUUCCUCCUGCUUGAAUGUUGCUGAUAACUCCAAUUCGAACGGUUUAGUGAAAAGGGAACCACUCAAUACCGUUCCAUGUCAGGUUGCCGAGGUAUCGACUUCUCUUCAUUCCACGACAACGGCUGUAAAAAUUGAACCUGUGCCACCAAAGUCCGAGAAUGGAAUAGUACUUUCGAAUACAGGAGCAGGCGGCAUACCUGUUGGUAUCGCAUUAGCAAGACAAAGACUGCAGCAUCAGGAAACGUCCUCAUCGUCAAUGCGCAAUGUCUCCCUGAGUCAUCAUACUUCUCAUCAUGCGAGUUAUCAUCAUUUUCAACCCGACAGCUUCGGUUCAACCACGGCCAUGGCGAUGGGAGGUACCACGUUAGUGCACUGCGGCCCUGGAGGGGAGGAUCGCCCAUCCCACUUGGCCAUUCCUUCAGGAGGUGGACUGCCUCCUUCCUUCAACGCCGCCCUCGGCUCCAGCCUGAAUACCAACUUGGGGAACAUCGGUGCUGCGGCUGCUGCCGCUGCUGCUUGGCCGCCCACGCUCUGGCAGUAUCCUGCCGCCGCGGCUGCUGCUGCUGCUGCCGCCGCAGCAAUGCCUAUGGAACCAAUGGGAUUUCCUCAGGUAGGAGUCGGUUUACAAUUAGUUAGGGAUCCAACAACAGGGCAUCUUCUCCUCAUACAUUCUGCUGAACAAAUGCAGCAGGCUGUCGUGUGGCCAAAUUACCAGAAUCAUGCUAGCAACAAUGUGGGGCCUCCACCACUGCUUCUUCCACCACCACCACCGCCGCCACCUUCAUUGCAGUUUCUUAACGACAUUGGUGGACCUCGAUUGGUUCUUACUGAAAACAAAAGAAAACAACAAAGUGGGCUUCCGAUCGUAAAAAUCGAAUCUGAUUGCGGAAGCAGUCCAACAACCAUUAUUUGUACUAGCGCCGACUCUUAUCUUGUAGCAUCGACCGAGUCGUCGAAAGCUUUGCAGACAGUAUCAUCGAUGACUGGUGCUUUGGUACCUGAAAAUCCACUGGUUACAACACUUCAUUAUUAUCCGCACACACCAGCAUUGGUUCAAAUCAGUCAAGCAGAGCCCACACAUUGCAGGUCGCAGCGAAAUGCAUUUUUUUCGAAGGCGACAUCUCCGGUAUCCUGUUUGACGCCACCGCCGGAAGUUUCGAACCAUGCAAUCGAAGUUCCGGAAAUGACGACGAUUGAAGUCCAGGAUGCUUCAAAUCAGACCGAGGCAUCGGAAAUGGAUGAUGAGCUUCCACUGAUGGAGCCACUUCUCAAACAAGAACAAACUAUGAGUCCUUGUCAAAUUCAGACCUCAACAACGACAAAUCUCACCAAUUUUGAGAUUGUCUCGUCGCCGGAGAAGAUUUGCAAUGUCGUGAGAGUGACAACGACGAGUGUUAAUUUUGGAAAAGUCGACAAGGCUGAGAAUACGAUAAUUAAUAUGUCAGACUGUACCAAGUAUUCGAUUGCCAGGGACACAAGGUGUGUCACUUCCAUUGACAGGACUAUUGAACACGUUGUCAGUUGCCAUGAGAAGCGAGGUGAGGAGAUUUUGGAAGCUGAGUCCGAAAAAAAGGAGUCAGCAGAUUUUGAAGAAGGAAGGGUGAAAAGUGGACCGAGAAUUAUUGAGCUUACAGAAGAGAAUUGCGACAGUUUCCAUGAAAAUCUGGAAUUCUUCAGCAGGAGGAGGGACUACUCGACUGAGGCACGUCGUAAAUCUUAUUCCGCUGUGGAUUUAAUCGAUCAGAAGCAAGAAACCGAGGAAGGAUCAAAAGAAGUUGUUGAAAGCGAAACUCAGGAAGUAAAAGUUGCUGAAGAACCUCAACAAGUCUACCAGUCAGUAACACAAUCAGCAGAGCAACUAUCGAGUGCUAAAAACGAUGAACCAGAUCCGGAAGCGAUCGACGAAGGCGAGAGCAAUUCUCAGAUUAAAUCCUUUGACAUGCCGUCGAUUGAUGAUGAUCACGAAGUCAAGCAAGUGGUUGUCAAGGAAGAAAAGAAAGACACCAGUUUGUUGGAAACUAUCUCGAUUCCAAAAGAAAGUCCCGUCGAAAAGCGCAAGUGUCCAGAAGUUGUGAAGAAGUCUCCUGUGGAAAAGCACCAUCCCGGAAUCGAGAAUGUCGUCGAGAAGCUGAAGAAACAUGCAGCAGCUGUCUUCCAAGAUAAUGAGGCCAAGCUGAGGGAAGCUCAGGCCCAGAAACUCAUUUUGGAAUCACCGCAUAGACACGCCGAAGAACCUAGAAAGCUACAGAAUGGAUUGAAGAAGUUGAUUCUAAGAUCCUGUGAGAAUUCCUUCGAGAAAAUUGGCACACUCGAUCAUCCUGGAGUUGUGCGAUCCGACCUCGGGAACAUUUCGGAGAGUAACAAUAAUAUUGUCAAGAAUAUUGAUCAUAAAGAGGAGGAAUCUCCGGGUUUUGAGGAUAAGGAAACUGAAGCUGUCGUGAGUCCAAAUACUCUGAAGAAGAAUGAUGAGAGUUCGAAAUUGGUUUAUGCAGAAACUGCUUCUGCUGUUGAAGAGUUAAAAACACGAAAAGAUGAGGUUUGUAAGGUGAAAGCCAAACCAAGGAUGAAUGUUGACUUGAGUGGCUUGGAAUUAUUGUCUAAUAGCAUAGAACAGCUCGAACAUUUGAAGCCUGAAUCUACAAAUGGUAUUCCCGAAGUAGAAAGGUCGCCUUCAAAGGUAAAAUCAAUAUCUCAGCAUGGCGAAAGCAAUAAUAAUAACGUUGACAGUCCACUAGGUUUGUUGUGUGCUCUCGCGGAACAGAGAUUUAUGGAAGAAUUGGGAGAUGGAAGUAGUAAAAAACCCAGCAUCGAGAAUUCGGAAGAAAUAUCACAAGCUGGUGAACUCUUGCUGAGUCUCGGUAAAAGUUCCGUCGAAAAGGAGAGACUGCAAUCCGAGAAAAGAAAGUGUUCUUCAAGCGAUACCGGAGAGUAUGAAGGGUUAAAAAGAUUGAAAACUUACGCUUCUCGGCAGGAAGAACUUUCUUUUCAAAUGAAGGAAAAAACGAAGAGGAAUAUAGACUUCUCAGUGGUAAAUGGAUCCAACCUGGAGGAUAAGCUACGUUCGCUCAAUGUAGAUUAUCCGAGUGGCGAUUUUACUGAUUCGGAGAUUGAGCAUUUCGAGAAUUAUAAGGAAACUCAUGACGGUGAGCGCAGAUCUUCUACUGAAUCGUCCGAGUUCAAUCAUCAUCAGUACACAAGUCUUGAAGCUAAACUGGAGGCAAAGAAAUUCCUCGCGAAGAAAGGACACGGGGAUAAUGAUGAUGAUUUUCCGAAUAUGGAUGCCAUGGAAUUGGAUAUGAGGGUUCGACUCGCGGAAAUUCAGAGACAGUAUAGAGAAAAACAGAAGGAAUUAUCGAGGCUUACACCGAAAAAGGAGGAUAAGAGGAGUGUCGUUAGGCCGAGGAACAAGAGUCAAUCUUCCAGCUCUGAGUGUGGAAUUUUGUCACCUUCCUUGCACAUGGACUUUGGACAUUCUCUACAAAAGUCUCCGCCGAGGUCCUUAGAUGACACCACGGCUUCCUUGACACCAGGCUUACUGUCGUUGACCAAAUUAGCACCUGUGGACUCUCCCAUAGCGGGUCUCACGACAGCAAAACUCCAAGAAGACGAAGACUAUACCUCCAGGUUGGGUUAUGAGACAACUUCGCCAGUCCCAACUUCCGCGAGUUCAAGUUCAGCUUCCAAAAAACGAAAGGUCGGUCGUCCCAAAAAGUUGAUGUGCACUUCCGGAAGUUCGAGGCACUUUACAGAGACUAUUGUUGCCAAAAAACCAAAGAACAAGAGUUCUUUGGUUGGCUAUUUGCUCAGUGCAAAGAACAGACAUUUACAGAAUAAGUUUGCUGGCAAGGCAGGAUAUACACCUCUUCCCUUCAAAGCGGGAUUUUCCUCCUCAAAAUUUUGUGGAAAAAAUCCAAAGACAGCGAAGCCUAAAGUGAAACCUGUGAAGCAUACGCCUCUUCACAAUAAGAGCGUCAUCAGCUCUAUCAUUGCCGAAAAGGCGAAACUGAUUCAGGAUUCAAAACUGGAAAAACAAGGUAGCAAAGUCAAGCCUAAGUUGAAGGCAGAAGCAAAGCUGAAGACUUGGCAGGACGAAGAAACUCCAGAUUGGAAUGGAAUUGAUGAUCUACCAGUUCCGGCCGCUCCAGAAGUUUCAAAAGAGCCCAUAACGGAAGUUGUUGAAGAAACGGAAGAGGAGAGAGAGAAGCACGAGAAAUCAAAGAAGAAGAAAAGGAAGUCAUCAAGUUCCUCAUCGCCUAGCAGACGCAAGUCUACCGACCGAGAGAAGAAAGAGAAUAAAAGACGUAAAUCAGUCGACUGUAAAGAAUGCAAGGAGUGCGUGAGGGCAGCCAAAUCCGAGAGAGUGGAAAACAUCAUAAACAAGUGUAAACUUACAUCCGCUCAUCUUGCCAUCGAUCAGCUCAGAGUGCUGACUGCAAUGGGUGGACUCUUUUAUGCCGGUCGUUUGAGUGCAGUUCAAGCGCCUGAUGUUUAUGCUAUUACUCUCGAUGGAGAAAGAGGAAACAGACCUCAUAUUCAUUCUCGAGAAGAAAUUCUGAGAGAUGCGAUUGUAGAAAUUUGUCCUGCUUCGACAAAAGAACUGCCACCGGGAACAAGGCUCUGUGCUUACUGGAGCCAGCAAUAUCGAUGUCUCUAUCCGGGAACAUCGGUUGAGCCUUCAGAGCCGGAUCCAGAAUUGGAUGAAAAAUUCGUGAGCGUCGAAUUUGAUGACGGAGAUAGUGGAAGAAUCGCUCUUGAUGAUAUAAGACUUUUGCAGCCAGAUUAUCCUGUUGUUGAGUACGACCCGAACCCUCUGUUGACAUUAGGAAAGCGUAGAAGGCAAACAUCUCUCUCUACAGAAGAAAAACGUUCUUCGACUUCUACUCAAUCCAAUUCGACUCAAUCUCCAACACUGAGUGCUGAUUCGUCUUCAACCUUGAAUUCUUCAUCUUUAUCCUCAGAAGAGAAGGUGACGGAUAAAUCGGAAAGCAAAAAUGGGGUGCUGACUGAUGAUUACUGGGAAAGGAAAAGGAUGAAGAAAAGGAGGAGGGAUAAAUUAAAAAGAUUAAAUGAGAAUCAAGAAGGUCGAAAAAAACACCACAAGAGACACAAGUGCUGUGAAGAGCAUCGCAAACACAAGCACAGAAAACAUCGAAAGCACAAACACAGGCAUAGUCAUCACAGUAGUCACAGCGAAGGAAGUCAUUUAAGUGGUGGUGAGAGCUGCUCGGGGCAGAAAUCCGAGGAAGAUUCAGCAAAAGAGAGUCCGAAAAUUGAAGAAGGCGAGGAAGAAAAGUUUAUGUGGAGAGUCGAGACAAUGGAGAAUAAAGAAGCGGCUCCGGAGCCAGUUGAGAAGGAAGUGGUAGCAGAAGUAGAAAAGGGAGAUGAAAAAUUGGAGAAACAGAAGAAGGCCGAGAAAAGGCCCAAGCCUCGUGAGAGGCAGGAAUCUGUUGAGAGUCGUAGUAAGAUGGCCGCAUUUUUGCCGGCGAGGCAACUUUGGGGUUGGUCUGGAAAAGGAUACCGGAGACCUGGAGCCAAAGGAAGAGCGAAGAAGCAAUUUUUCAAGGCUAUUCAGAGAGGAAGCGAGACUAUUCAGAUUGGAGACAGUGCUGUUUUUCUGUCGACUGGCAGGCCAGAUCGUCCCUAUAUCGGCAGAAUUGAAUCCAUGUGGGAAACUUCGAGUUCUAAUAUGAUCGUCAAGGUCAAGUGGUUCUAUCAUCCAGAAGAGACGGUUGGAUGUCCGACUAACUUGAAAUAUCCGGGCGCUUUGUUCGAGUCACCGCACAUGGAUGAAAACGAUGUGCAGACAAUUUCCCACAAAUGCGAGGUGUUGCCUCUUCCAGAUUACACGGAAAAACUUGGGAAAGAACCUCACAAUCAGAGGUACUUGACGAUUUACGACAACAACGAUAUUUAUUACUUGGCCGGAUACUAUGACCCAACGACCCAUUUGUUGACUUUACAACCUGGUGUUGUUUGAGAACAGCUUAAGCUGACGAUCAAGUUAAAAGACAUUACUUAAGAAUCGUCAGCGAAAAAUUGAAAAACAUUUGAAUUGAUGAGGAUCGCUGGUCGAAUUCGUGGUAUCAAUGCCACGGAAUUUUGUAGCUUUAGCCCUGGAUGGUUGGCGCAAAGGAUUUUUAUCGAGGGCAAUCGAAUUAUUCGAUAAGUUUGGAAUCUAAGGCAAUUGUUGAUUUUCACGAAUAACAAGAACAAAUUUACUUCUUUCAUCAGCUUUUUUGUAGCCUCAGUUUUUCUAGAGUUGUAACUAUUCUCAAUAGGCUCUUUUUAAUGGAAGAAAAAACGAAUUCGCAGUAGUUUUAAAUUGUCCUUUGUUUUUUGUUUUGUUUUUUGUUCCAUUGUCGAAUGUUUCGAUCACCCCGACGUUCUUUGUAAAAAAGAAAUUUGUUAACGAGGACAAGAUGCAAUAACUGUACCGAGUGGCAUUAACCGUUUAACGAAGAGUUUGGCCAAUGCCGAACAAAUGUAAAUAGUGUAAAUAUUUAGAGACUAGUUUUUGAGGCGCAAUUCUGCCAAUCAAAGCCCCUGGCUUUGAAAUUAUAGGUACAUAGAAGCGGUAUCAAAGGCUUUGUAUCAUUUACUCAUCCUGGCUUGUCUCAUCAGAAAUAGGACAGGAAAUUACAAAGAAAAUUCUGAACCCUUGAUCCCGAUUUUAAUGCAAGAUAUGAUCAGCUUUAUUAAUAACAGAUAAGGUGCUAUCAAAGCUUCUUUAGCCUAUGUUAUUGGUUUCCGUUGAUAUUGAGAAGUUUAAACAACAACAACAAAACACUCUGUAGUAUUAAGUUUGAAUUCACUAAGCUUUGUUUUCUUAACUUCGAACGGGUGUUUGUUCACCCAACCGUGCAAGAUGUUAGGAUUAAGAAUUUUGUAUGAAAACAUUUUUUAUAUUCUGUGGAUUCAUCCCGCGAAAAAAUGCGAAUUCUGUUGACUUUUAUGCUUCUAGACCCACCUUGAAACAACAUUUUGUUGUGCUUUUGUUUGUUUUACCCUCGAUUAAGUGGUUCCUACGAAAAGACCUUGUGAGCCUUGGGUGAUUAUAACAAGUAAACAAAAAAAAAGGUACAUUUUUAAUCUGGUCACACACCAACUAUCUUUAUAACCAUUUGAUAUACUUAUUUGAUAUUUAACUAUUUAAAGAUUUUCGAUAAACUUUCGGAAUUUUGUAUACUUUGCUGAUGUAAUUUUAGCUCUGGUAUACCCGCUUUGCCAUAAAAUUUUAUUGCUUCUUCGCGGGUCUUACCGUGUUUCUCUUUUAAUGCAAUGAUAUUGAGAAAACGAAUGAAAGGAUACGUGAUUUGCGUAAAGAUCAAAAUUGAUAAUUUUACUGAUUGCUUUCAAGGAAAAAGUAACUCUGAUCGAAGAAAAAUGGAAUUAGAUUUUAGUUUUGAUUUAGAAGAGAGAAUGAUUUUCUUGUGACCUUUUUCCUUGUGGUAUUCAAGUGGCAUCUGAGAAGGCUGCGCCUAAUUUUAAAGACAAGGUCUAGUACGAUUUUAGUACAAACUGGAAACACAAUAAUAUUGAGGAUUCGCGAUUUUUCUCGUAAAGUACUAGAAAAAUGGCGAAUUUGAGUGGAUUUUGUAAUGAGAGAGAGAGAGAGAGAGAGAGAGACCGCAUCGAAUGAGAAAUGGAGUGUUGUGUGCAAUGAAAAUUUAACAUGAACGAGAGGAGUACUUAGUGGUACUUAUUUAAGUAGAGCAAGACAUGUAAUUUCUUCUGUAUAUACACGUUUACACAGUUCUCGAAUACACGAUUCUGUAAUUCUAACGUGCGAAAUGAGAAAUGUGUAAGAAUAGUGUUGGAAAAAUCUCUUGUUGAAAAAUUCUUCUUGAUUAAAAAUGAUUGGAAAGAUUUUUCUCAUUCGUACGUGCGAAGUAUAUAUAGCGAUUUUAUUUAAAAUCCAUAAGUAAGAUUCAAUCAUUACAAGAUAGUUAUAAAGAUUAUAAUACAUAUACAUAUAUAUGAUAUAUAAAUAGUAUUUUUCCAUUGGAGGAAUCGAGUGGUAGUUUUUGGAAAGCGAAUGAUGCAACAGUUUGUUGAGAAAACGCGCGUCCACGAGCCAUUUUUUAAAGUUGCGAGUUCGUCCAGGGUGUGCUUCUUAAAUGUCCCCUUUUUUCUUGUGUAAAUAUCUAAAUUUGUCUCUUGAAAAAUUAUUUUCUGACUAGUAUUACCUCGCCUCCCCCUCACACCUGCAAUUGGCUUUAAAACAAGUGUCAAGACCGGCGAAAUUUGGCCUUAACUUUGGAAUUAAUUUAUCGUGAAUUUAGAAAUGGUCUACGAUCCUUGUUCAGCCUCGUGUUUCGAUAAUAAUACAGGGUGUCUUUUGAGUAAAUUAGAAAAAUGUCUUACUAGUCUAGUUUCAAGAUGAGUGUAAUUUUCUUUGAACAAAAAAAAAAAAAGAGUCACAAAUGCGUGUAAGGAAUGGAUAAAGUGCGAGCGACAUUCUUUUUUUUUCUAGUCUCAUUAUUAGAAAUUUAUUACAUUUAUUUCAGAAAAUAUAUUUUAUUUUUAAACGUUAAGCGGAAAUUAAGGUUUAAGGAAUAUGACUUGAAUUGGUUGGCGUAAGAAAUUUUUUUGUUUGUAGUUAUUUUCAAGUUUAUGUAUAAGCUCUUUAUUAUUAUUUUCUUUUUUUUUCAGUGUUUACGCCAUAAGUUGCAAGUUACGUUCUUUUUACUUUUCAGUAUUGAUUCGCUCGCAGCCAUUCUUUGCACGAAAAAAAAUUUAAAGAGGGAGAUAUAAAUAUUUAGUCUUAAUUCAAGACACUUACUUACAAAUGCUGUUUAAAAUAUGAGGGAAAGUCGAGUGAGAAGAGAGGAUGGGAAAAAGAUUCAAUUGUAGAGAAUCGAAAAUGUUAUUUUUUCAUAUAUUCGAUAUUGAUCUAUUUUAUUAAUCGCUCUCGACUGAUUCGAGGUCGACCUUUUAUGACAAAUGCCAAUGAAUCACGAGGAUCGAAAGAACAACUUGUCGAAUAUUAAAUUCAAAAUGUUUGAAAAAUAAGAGAAAAAAGAGGGGAGGUUGAAGGAAAAUGAGAGAUGAAUUAGAAUAGUGUUUUUUUCUUUUUUUUUUUUAAAUAUUUUCCUACAUGAAUAUUUAGGGCGCGUGUCAUAUGAAUUACUUGGAGUAAAAGUGAAACUAAUUUUGGACAGAAAAAUAGAUUGUAUUUUACGAGAAAAAAAGAAACAAACAAAACUCACGAUUUGCCAUAAUGCAGGGGCGAAAUAAUUAAUUGGAAUUUAGCCAAUUAAUACUUGGAAGUACAAAUUGUUGUAAACUGUAAGGAAAACAAUGCUGAAAAUGUUUGAAAUUGAAAUUAAGUUUUGAGAAAAAUAAUAUUGGACGUUAGAUCUUUUCAAUUCAUUAAAUCGCUUUCCCUGCUUUAUGGUAUUCAUCCGGAAAGCAUGCAGAGGCGAAAGUAAUUGGAUACUGUUCUUACUGAUGAAUAAAAUUGGGAGGGAAAAAAGAGAUGGAAAAAAGAUCGUUAGUGAUUGGCCGAGUGUAAAUUUGUGAUAGGCAUUCUGCCAGGAAAUGAAUUUUGAAUCGAUCGAAGAUUCGAGUACGAGAGGCUGAUAAUGUUUCGAAUAAGGCUUUUAGAUGCAUCAGUCAAGCGUAGUAGAAUAGCUUUACAAUCGCAUAUAUCUACUGUCUUAAUGUUAAUGGUUGAUUAAAGAGUAAUUAGUUUACAGAUAAAAAUUGAUAAAUACGAUCUAACGACAUUUGUCAGUUGCAGACUAACACGCACACUUGCACACAGGAAAAAAUUUGCGAUGAGAGAGAGAGAGAGAAGAACCGAAAUAAAGAGUAUGAGAAAAGGCGAGUGAGUGAGUAGAGAAAGAGAGAGACAAGAUUGAGUUUGAGAGAUUUAAUCGUAGACGCAACCAGGAAUAAACAACUUUACGAGACGCAGGCGUACACAAGAUUACACUUGUUUAUUUCUGUCAUCUAAAUACUUGGUCAACAAUAAAAUGCAUAUUAGAUAUUA